UUUAAAUUGUGCAUUAAAAUUGUGAAAAUUACUAAGAAUAUUUCAGCAAAAGCGAUUUAUACAGAUGUUAUUUUUCACAAUGAUUUUCUUACCAAAUCCACUUGUGGAUGCUCAUCGUCUUCAAGAGCAUUGUAAUCAACUAAAAAAUGGAUAUUGGCACAGCGUGUCGAAGUAUGCUUUCACAAUUUAUACAUUCAUCUAAAAGCACCAUUAAGUCAUAUACUGAAUACAAGAUGGAAAAGUUUGGCUUCCUUUCAUUUGUUUUGUUCUGUUGGAUUUCAUCUUGUCAAGGAAUAAUUCAAUCACCUCCCCCUGGCACAAAUUUUACAUUUCUACCUGGAGAAACACACAGUAUAACGUGGACAUUUAAUGAUAGUGAAAGUGAUUUGGACAUUAGAAAUUGGUAUUUUACUGGUAGUAAUGAUGGUUCAUCACAAACGCGAUUGGCCAUUGUCUUUGAGAACUUUAAUGUAUUCAAGUCCAGUUCACAAAUUCUUCCAAAUUAUGACGUCUACAAACCUUCAACGCUGCAAUUAAGAAAUAUCACUCAUAGUUAUGAUGGAACGUAUGAGUUUCAAUUAGCAAGAAAGGACAGUGCGUUAUCUCCUUUUAUAUCUAAAGUCAGAGUUUUCGUUGCAACCUAAUGAUAUCAUCAGUAAAAAAGGACGAGAGUUACCUUCUUAGACAUAACCUCCAUAUUUCACAAAAUAACUUAGACACGUAAAACCAAAUGUUACAAUUAGUUGUUCGAAUCCUCUGUUUGUGGAUGAAGGUGAUAAUGUGUCAUGUGUAU